AAUAACGACACAAUUUUCAUUAUCUAAUUAGUAAAUUCCGAAAUGAUUUUACGACUAGUAAUAUUUUUGUGCUUAGAAAUAGUUACUGGUACUUUAGGCAAACAUGUAAAGAUCAUUGGUGGGCAAAACGCCAAUAUAGAAGAUUACCCAUUUAUGGCAAGACUGAGAAAAAGAAGCGAUCGGAAAACAGUCUGUGGUGGUAUAAUUAUCACCAAACAACAUAUUCUUACAGCUGCUCACUGCUUUGAUAAUCUUCCUUACAGUGCUGUAACAGUUCAUACCGGUAGUACAUUGAAUAGUGUCAAUGAGCCGAGUUUCGCAAUCAAAGAAAUUGAGAUUCAUCCAGAAUAUAUUGGAGUAUUUUCAGAGAAUAAUCAGUUAUACAAUGACAUCGCUGUAGCACAGCUAUACACAUGUUUGCACUUCAAUCAAUUCCAAAAUAAAAUAAACUUACCAAUUAGAAAUACUGAAUUUGAUGACAGAGCUCAAAUUCUCGGCUGGGGCAAAACGUCGUGUGUAGGUUGCUUUUAUGAAAUAUUGCAAGUAGCGACGACAACAAUUCUUAAAAAUGAAGAUUGCGCCCAAUUUUUUCCAUACAGUAUUGCGAGCAAUCAAAUUUGUACACAUGAACAAGACGGAGUCGGCAUUUCUAUCAGUGACAGCGGUGGACCUUUGAUCGACAAUAAUGGAGAACUUGUUGGCAUCGCAUCAAUUUGCAACUUAUAUGUUAUAGAUGUCUUAGGCAAGAAAUAUACGAGAAUUAUUGGCGGAAUGAACGUUGAAAUAAAAGACUAUCCUUUCAUGGUUGCAUUAAAACAUAUUAAAGACAAAGUACAAUAUUGCGGUGGUGCAAUCAUUACUAAACGGCACAUAAUCACAGCGGCUCACUGUGUUGACAUAUACCCGUAUCAUGAAAUUAGGGCCUACAUUGGUAGUAAUGCAAGGUCUUCGACUGGACCAAGUUAUGAAUUGGAAAGGGUUAAUAUUCAUCCUGGAUAUACGGGAAACAUGAUGAGAGAAAGUUGUUUAUAUCACGACAUCGCUGUUGUUACGGUGAAAGGCUGCAUGCACUUCAAUAGAUUUCAACACGCGGUAAAACUACCAACUGAUAAUAUCGAAGUUGGCACCACAACCAUGAUUAUAGGUUGGGGAACAACAUCAUACCCAGAAGGUGAACCAUCCGAGAUAUUGCAAAUGGCAAAAAUGAAAAUCCUUAAAACUCAAGAAUGCAUUACGGCAACUCGAUAUGCAAUUCGCGCCAUACAAGUUUGUGCAUUCAACGGAAAUGGAGUUGGCACGUGUAUUGGUGACAGUGGCGGACCAUUAAUCAAUACUAAAGGAGUACUUGUUGGCAUUGCUUCAUUUUGUUAUCUUUGUGCCAAAGGAUUACCUGACGUUUACACCAGGAUAUUUUAUUAUCUAGAGUUUAUCAACAGAAUUAUAAAUCCAAUAAAUUUUCAGUGCUGUACGAUUUUAUAAGAUGCAAUUUAUUAAAAACAAAAAACAAAAAAUCA